UGGCUAUUGCUGGGAGGGGAAUUAGGGCAAGGGUCGGUGAGGUAACCCUUGUCCUGUGCGGAGUGAGAGGCUCGUGGUGUCCGGUGACCCGGUUUCUGUUCCCAGUCCGUUCCUGUAUUCUCUCCGCUCUCAGGAUGGCGAAGCAGCCGCAGCCCAUCAGCCCUUUGAAGAACUUUUUCGCCGGCGGUUUCGGGGGAGUGUGUCUUGUGUUUGCAGGACACCCGCUGGACACCAUCAAGGUCCGAAUUCAGACACAGCCAAAGCCUUCACCAGGACUACCUCCGUUAUACGCUGGAACCUUUGACUGCUUUAAGAAGACCCUUGUAAAUGAGGGUUUCAAAGGCUUGUACAAGGGAAUGGCGGCUCCGAUUGUCGGGGUGACCCCCAUGUUCGCCGUUUGUUUUUUCGGCUUUGGCCUCGGUAAAAAACUCCAGCAAAAACACCCGGAGGACCCGCUGACGUACCCACAGCUUUUUGCAGCAGGAAUGCUUUCCGGGGUAUUUACAACGGCAAUCAUGGCACCCGGAGAAAGAAUAAAGUGCCUCUUACAGGUCCAAGCUGCUUCAGGAGGAGUGAAAUACAACGGUCCCAUGGACUGCGCCAAACAGCUGUACCGCGAGGCAGGGAUCCGAGGAAUUUACAAAGGGACAGUCCUGACGCUCAUGAGAGAUGUGCCGGCCAGCGGGAUGUAUUUCAUGACUUACGAAUGGCUGAAGAACAUUCUUACACCGGAGGGACACAGUGUAAGCGAGCUGAGUGUUCCUAAAAUCCUCUUUGCCGGAGGAAUGGCUGGAAUCUUUAACUGGGCUGUCGCAAUUCCUCCCGACGUGUUAAAAUCCCGUUUCCAGACAGCUCCAGCAGGAAAGUAUCCCAAUGGUUUUCGGGAUGUUUUGCGGGAGCUGAUCCGAGAGGAAGGCGUCCGGUCCCUGUAUAAAGGUUUCAGCGCGGUGAUGCUGCGGGCGUUCCCGGCUAACGCGGCCUGUUUCCUGGGAUUUGAAGUCGCCAUGAAAUUCCUUAACUGGAUGGCGCCAAGCUUGUGAAACUUGGAAAUAUGCAUCCGAAAGAACGGAAGAUCCAGAUACCUCAACAACGAUCGAUUCUGAGUUAUUACGAAAAUAGUUAACACACAAUGCCUUAAUAGUGAAACGUGCUAACAUCCUAUAGUCUGAUAAUACUUGAGUUACAUAUAUAUAAUAUAUGUAUAAUAUAUAAUAUAUAUAUAAAAAAGAAAACUGUUAGUUUUUCUGCAGAAUGAAAUGUCAUCCAAGUGCAAUUUUCUCCUUAUCAGAACUGAAGAAAAAAACACCACUUAGGUUUUAUUUUUUUAAUAAACCGCGCAUUAUAUCUUAAUAUCUUCUUCUACGCAACUUUAUGCACAAAGGGCUUAGUAUAUAAAAUCUCCUCUUCUUGCUAAAGCUGGAUUUAAUUUUUUUUUUUUUUAGAAAAAAUAUUUUCUGUGCAAGACCAUCAGUAACUCCUUCCCUGGAUUUUAAUUUUUGAACACCGGGUUUAAUAAUUUUAUUGAAUUGUUAUCAGCGAGAUAAACUGUAUGUUUAGAUAGUUAUGUUACACCUGGUUAGGAAGCCAUAUGAACUACUGUUGCCUGUGCAGUAGCUAUGAAUCUCAGCAAAAGUGAUGUUUUUAUACAUGUUAACAGCAGUAAACAUUGCUUUAUGGCA